AUGGAGUUUCGGGAAACCUUGUUAGCUGCUCAACGAAAUCAACAACAACAAUCAUCUAGUAAUUACUAUUACAAGGCAAAGUUUGACCCUCCCAAGAAAGAACAAAAGCAAAAAGAUAGAUUAUCGGCUAAUAUUCAAAAGUUUUUGGCUAAGAAAGAUGAAGAGGAAAGGCAGAAGAAACUAGAGGCUCAGAGAAAACGUGAAGAGCUGCUUGCUAUGCGUGAUCCCAAGGCAUUAAGGAAAAUUCAGAAAACUCUAAAAGUUAUUAAAUCUGCUAAUAAGUCUGUAAUAGCAGAUGCAGUGGACAGAGACAAUACUGCAGUCACUAGGGAAGGACCAGAUCAACCAGAUCAAGAUGAUUAUGGGUAUGAGUCCCAAGCAGCCGCAGCUAUUUAUGAAAAAAUGAUGCAGCAGUACAGUAAAAUACCAGAUGAACCAAAAUUUCCAACAUCAAAGAGUGUUGUUAAAAAGGAUUUAAAAGGUACUGUCGAGAGAGUAAAACAUGCUCUACAACAUGAAGAUGACCCAGUGCCACACAAAAGAAGGCGUAAAGGUGGAACUAACAAUGACAGGGAUGAGAGUCCUCCAACUAAGUAUGAGCCGGAAAAAGAGAAAAAGAAAGAUGAUAAGCCUAAGAUACGCAAAGCAGCACCGCCACCUAUGGACUUCAACCAGUUACUGAAGCUUGCUGAACAAAAAAAAAGUGAACCAUUGGAUGUGCUUGCUAAAAAAACAGCUGCAGAACAAGAAACAGAAAGACUUAUGACAAAAAAACAAAAACGAGAGUAUGAGGAGGAGAUGGCUAGGCGACAGAGACGUCAAGAAAGAUUGGAAGCUGAAAAGGGAAAUGGCAGGAAAGUUGUAAAGGAGGACAGAUCUACAGAAAAGGAUAGGAAGCAGGAACAAGUUGGUUUUGGUCGCAUCCCAAAAAUUGGAGACAAAAAUCAAAUAACUUCUAAAAAUGAUAGUCCUAAUUUAUCUGAUCGUCAUGGAUCUGAUCGUGAUAGAUCCGGUAGUGAAAGAGAACGAUAUGUUAGUGAAAAAAGCAAAGCUGACAGAGAAAAAAAUAUCAGUGACAGAUAUGGUGGAGAUCGGGAUAAAUUAAACAGUGAUCGAGACAGAUUGCAAAAAGAAAAAGAUAGAGCUAGACUAGAAAAAGAAAGAGCAGAAAAGGAAAGACAGAGACUUGAUAAAGAAAGAUUAGAUAAAUUAAAAGCAGAAAGAGAAAGGAUAGACAGAGAUAUUGACAGGUUAAAUAGAGAUAGAGAAAAGUUAGAAAAAACCAAAUCAAAGCUUGAAACAAACAUUCAGACUGAAAAAUCUAAUAAAUCUGUUGACAAAUCUAAAAUUGUAUCCAGGGAACAACAAGGUAUGAAAAAGAAUAUUGAUUUGAAAGCUCAGAACACUUACAGGAUAGACAAAAAUACAACUGAAAGAAAAGCAUCUGUACCAAAUAAAAGUAUAAAUGGUAAACUCAAUGGUGACCUCAAUGGCAAAUUACCACAAAAAACUAGCAAGGAACAGUUAAUACAAAGGAAUGGAGUUAGGGAUAGAGAAAUGUUGAUCAAACAAAAAUCAAUGCAUUCGAAUGGCACUCUCAAAACUAUAGACAGUAAAAAGCCAAUUGAUACUGGUAAGCCGUCACUAUCUAAAAGGCCGGAUGAGAAGUCAUUGAAAUCACAAGCUGGUUCCAGCAAACCAAAAGGUGCUGAUUUUGAUUUUGACAAACAUAUUAAUGCAAUUGGAAAAAAUACAAAGCAGGAUGGCUCUCGUAAAAUGGGUGAUUUUCGAAGAAAGCCAAAUCCAGAUGAUGCAAAGAGAAAACCAAAACGCCGUUUGGAUUCAGAUUCGGAGUAUGACUCUGAAAUGGACGACUUCAUAGAUGAUGAAGACGAAAAUCUGGACUACUCAAGACACAUAAAAGAAAUAUUUGGUUAUGACAAAUCAAAAUACCGGGACAUGGAUGAUCAAGACGAUCCCACUAUGGAGUCCAGUUUCGCUAGACAACAACGCGAAGAAUACAUCAGCAAGAAACUCGGCAUUAUGGAAGAUUUGGAAGACAUGAGAAUGGAAGCGAUGGAGAAGAAAAAGAGUAAUAAUAAGAAGAAACGUCGUAUAAGUGACGACUGA